AUGUCAAGCGUUAUAGCAAUUGUAACUGGUGCUAACAAAGGCAUAGGAAGAGCAAUUGUACGCAAUCUUGCUGUCGAAUAUAGCAAAUCGAUCUAUCCACAAACCACGCCAAAGCUUGUAAUCUAUCUUACUUCCCGAGAUGUUUCUAGAGGCAUGGCUACACUGGCAGAGGUUACUCGUGAACUAGAAGAUAAGAAAGUGCUAGAAGCCGAAGGUGGACCAGCAGAGAUUAGAUUCGGUGAAUUAGAUAUUACGGACAGUACAAGCGUGAACAACUUUAAAAAAACUGUUCAAAAUGUGUGUGGUGAAGUGGAUAUCUUAAUAAACAACGCUGCUCUUGGGACCGAAUUUCAAGGGGAACCGUUUAGUUAUGAAGUUGUUGAAAAGACUCUUAAGACUAAUUACUUUGGGCUAAAGAAUAUGACUGAAUUGUUUUUUCCAAUAAUCAAAAACCCUGGCGGUAGAAUAAUCAAUCUUUCUAGCGGGCUUGGGAGACUUGCUGCACUUCCAUCAAAAUCGCUGAGAAACCAGUUUUCAAGUCAGGAUUUGACCCAAGAACAAUUGGAUAGACUUGUGAAUAAGUUUCAAAAUGAUGUCCGCGCUGGUGUAUAUGCUGAAGAAGGAUGGCCGACGUCAGGCAUGAAUAAAGCCCCGUGGACCAUUGCUUACAAUGUAUCCAAACUUGCUGUUGUUGCAUACACGAAACUACUGGCGAGACGACUGGAUAAAGAGGGGAUAAUGAUCAACACGCACGUCGUUGAUCCUGGUUGGGUCAGAAGUGAUAUGGGUGGCGAAAAUGCUCCUCUUUCCGUUGAUCAAGGGGCCGAGACACCGGUUUAUCUUGCUCUUACCCAAGAUAAAGCCAUAGAGAUUAAUGGGCAGUUUUGGAAUAAAAAGAAGCCAAUUGCGUGGUAA